ACCCGCACAUUUACAUACACACAGACACACACGCGCUCACUCAGCCACUAUUACUCUGAUGUAGUAGCGAAAAACAAAACGUCAAAAUGAGUGCGAACCGCGAUGAUGACAAAGCCCUGCGACUUCUAGGCGAGUUGAGUUCGGUGUUGGAAAAAAGCGCGUCUCAAAAAUAGUCGAAUUGCUCGGUGGCACCGCAUGACACGGCGAUAUCGAAAAGCACCAGGCAAAAUUGUGGUCACCUAAAGUUUUGAAAUAUUUAAAAUUUCUUUUGAAAGAAAAGAACAGAAAAAAAUAAUCGAUAUUCGAAACAUUCCGUAUGUGGUGUGGGGUCUAUGUAGCAACGUUGUUUUCAAAGUGAACAGCAAUUCUACCUACCCUUGUUGUUUGUGCUGGUCAGCGGGGUGAUUAAAACAAAACCGCAAAAUAAAACAAAAAUAAACAUGUUACCAUUAACAUAAAAGAAGAAUUGAAGAAUGAAGAAGACGAAAGAAAAAGAAAUUAAAUUAUUUUAUUUGCACCCGGCAAUCGCUUCGUCGAUUUACUAUAAAUAAUAAAGAAGAAAAAUAAAAACAAAAACAUAAUAUAUUCGCAUUGAAACAUUGUCAUUAUCAGGUGCUGCCCGCCCGUAUUUAUUUCUAUUGCGAACCUCUGCCUUCUUCUUCGGUCUUUAUCGGAAUUUUGGGUUCCUCUUCUCAAGCAAUGACAAUUAAUUACCGAAACAAAUCCAUCCAUCUACCUCGCAAUCUGUCCAUCUGUCGUUUGCUCAUUGGCAUUCGUUCAUCAAUUGCUGCCGACGAGUCAGUGAAGAAUUCAAGGCACCUUUACAAAAUAUCUUAAAAGACAAUAAAAACUAUAAAAAAAACCAAAAUAAUAACAAAUAUCAAACAUUCCGUCGGUGUCGGACACUUCAACGCAAUUAAUAUUAUCGACACAUUAAUUAAUUGCAAAAUGUUAAGAAAUUUAUAAAAACAAAAAAAAAAAAACAAUAUUUUUCUCAAUUAAAAAAAAAGACAAAGCCAAAGAAAAUAAACCAAAUUACAGGAACAACAACAACAGUAAGAAACACUACCGCAGCAGAUCCCAAAUACAAAUAGUUUUGCAAUUAUUAACGUAACAUAAUUUCGGACAUCAUCAACAAUAACCACAACAACAACAGCAACAACUAGAACAAGAUCGUUGUCAUCGUCGUCAGCAGCGUGUAACCUUAGCAAACUAAAUAGCAAGCAAGCGGUCCAAGUGUCCCACUGACGACUGACUCAUAACCCAUCAGCCAAGAAUGUACAAAAGCUAGAGGAGAGGAGGCUAUCUAAAGGAGACGACGACGAGAAACUAAUAUAUCAAAAGCCAGACCGCCUCAGAACCAACAAAAAUCUUUUUGCCAUCGUCUUUGAAAUUAAUUUAAUAAUUCAGUGCGCCUUAGUGUGCAUCGGAGUGUUUGCCCGCCGUCUGCAAUAUUUUCGUUUGGCGACACGAAAAAAAACACAAUUUCGAAAUAUUUUCAAAAAAUAAAUCUGUGCCACAAACACUUGGUCAUAGUUUGUUAUAGAAUUCUCACCUAGAAUUUGCAGAUACCCAAGCGUUUUUUUGUUACCAUAUUUUUCUCGGCAGAGUAGUGAGGGGUGGGUUGGCAGACGACUUCGCCACCCUUAAGGCACCAACAUCAUGUUGCCCGUGCAUUUACAGCAGCAGCAACAUUUACAGAAACCACAAACCACACCUCAGCCCCUGGCACCACCACCCCGUGAUCAUCGCCGAACGCGACGUGAGAAGGCUCAUCAACAGCGUACGUCGGCCUCACGUCAGACAACGCCCGAAAAUGACUUAUUAAAAACAUCCACAAUAUCGCUAAUAUCGCCAACAACAGCCACAGCGUCUGGUGCUGGUGGUGUCGCCUCGGCACCAAGCUCACCAUACCACAGCCUCCUAGUGGCGGCCGGUACAGCUGUACCCACAACGGCUGUUGGUGGCGGUGCUGUUGCCAACGUUUCGGAUGGUGGUGGCCACACAAUGCAUUCGAAUUUAAGAUAUUCCCAACAUUUGAAUCUCAGUCAGAAUAGUCUUUUGCUAAAUCAAAGUACGCUCGGCGAUUGUCAGUUUAUGGGACGACGACGCAGUCCCACCUCGCAAGACAAGCAACAAAGACGGCGGAAGUCACCACAAAAACAUGCCACCGUCAACGCGCAACGUCUUAAAAAAAGUCACAGUGAAAGCGAUGAUACCGACAUUGAGGAUGCCGAUGAAGACGACGACGAUGGCCCAAUGUUCAGUGACGAUGCCACGGUGCCUUUAACGGCUGGUUCCUCCACGACCACACUAACAGCCACCAUAAUACCAGCCUCAAUUGUGGCCGCAUCCACAGCCAUCAGCAGCAGCAGCUCAUCAAAUCGCCAGUCGACAACAACAUCUGCACGGUUAACAGGACCCACGCGCACCACAAACGGCGGCCUGCUACACAACUUACCAACGGCGACUGGGUCAACGCAGCACUACAAUCGGUCCAUAUCCACGCCCCCUACGACACAGCCUUUGGCCACAACAGCAUUUGUUGAGAAUCACCAUCAUCAUUUUCUAACGGAACGUUCCCCACCACCCGGUGGCCCCGGCUCCACCGCAUCGUCGUCACAUCUGCCACACGACUACAAACUCUGUGACUCGUGUCGUCCGCUACGCUUCCAAACACGUUCGGGUGCCUCGAGUUCGGGUCUAAUCACACCCAAAUCGAAUUUCGGUGAUAGUUCGCGUUAUCUCAGUGCAAAGCGGUUUCUGUCGGCACCGCCCACCUCGGCGCUAGCUGCCGUCGCACCCGCCGCUGUUGCCCUGUCAUCGGUAGGCUUUCCCGCUUCACUGCUAAAUACAACGCUUCAGCCGCAAACGCAAUCCCAAUCAGCCAAUUCACAGCCCUUUAAUACCUUACGUUCAUUUACACCAUUUUCUCGUUUCCAGCCGAGACGUCAGACCAGCAGCAGUAUGUCGCAGUCCGGCGAAGAUCUGCACUCUCCCAGCUAUUUGUCGUGGCGCAAGUUGCAGCUGAGUCGUGCCAAACUGAAGGCGUCCAGUAAGACAUCGGCCCUGUUGUCGGGUUUUGCAAUGGUUGCCAUGGUAGAAGUCCAACUGAACAAUGAUACCCAAGUACCCGCCGGCAUGUUGGUUGCCUUUGCCAUUUGCACGACACUGCUCGUCGCCGUGCACAUGUUGGCCCUGAUGAUUAGUACCUGUAUACUGCCCAAUAUCGAGACUGUAUGCAAUUUACAUAGUAUCUCCCUGGUACAUGAAUCACCGCAUGAACGUCUCCAUUGGUACAUAGAAACAGCAUGGGCUUUUUCCACACUCCUGGGUCUGAUACUCUUCCUACUCGAAAUUGCCAUAUUGUGUUGGGUGAAAUUCUACGAUCUUAGUCAGCCGGCGGCAUGGUCGGCGUGUAUUGUACUUAUACCGGUACUGGUUAUCUUCCUGGCUUUUGCCAUACAUUUCUAUCGGUCACUGGUGACCCAUAAAUACGAGGUAACCGUAUCGGGUAUACGUGAGUUGGAAAUUCUAAAAGAACAAAUGGAACAGGAUCAUCAGAUGGAUCAUCAUCAUGCACCUGGUCACCAUCGUAAUAAUGGCUUGAAUUAUGGUGCCCCAGGUGAUAUUGUAUGAGAAUUUUUUUUUGUGUUUUAUUAUUAUUUUGUUAGUUGUAGAAUAUUUUCAAAAACAAAAAAGAAUGUGUAAAACACAUUGAAGAAAUAGUUUAUUUUGUUAUACUUUUAAGAGGCACACAUGUUUUCAUUACCGGCUGACGAUUUGAAUUACUAAUUUUUAUGCUACAUAUUUUAAGAGAUUUAGUCUUAAUUUUAUAUUUUUAUUUUCUGAACUAAUUUCCGCGCAGCAUAUUUUUUUUUUUUUUUUUUGUCACAGGUAUGUUUUUUAAAUAUUUGUAUUAAGACUAUAUUUGUAAUUUAUUUAUGAUAAGUUUGAAAAGUUUUUUUUUUUUCAUUGUAUACCGGGGUGUAAUCGAAGUGAAUGGAUAAAAUUGAGAGAAAAGUUUUUUGUAAAAUUUGUCACAAAAAAAGAAACCAGAUGUUCUUUAAUAAUUCUCUUAUGGAUUUUAUUAAAAGCUUUAUAUCUUCCAAUGAAGAUCCACCAAAACUACUAUUAUUAUAAGGAACUUUUCCAAGAGGAAAUUAAAAGAAAAAUAUUGUUUUGCUUGAAAAUAGUUGGCAUGUAUUAAUUUCUGUUAAAAACGCCUAAAAGUAUGCUCAUCAUUUUAAACAUCUUAAAAGAUAGUUCUUCUUCAAAUAUCAACAUGAAAAUUACGUUUUUUUUAAAUUUUCUUGCAUAUCUUCAUUCAGAAAGUACCGAAGUCCACCGUGGAUAUCUAAGUACCCUCUAUGUUAAAAAUAUUUAAAAUUAUUUAGAGAACUGAGCAGUAAAAGCCUUCUACUAAAAAAUUAAUACCUAUAGUGUUUUGGAAGUAAUUGACCUUCUUUUGCCAUUCAAUUGAUACCAUUGAUUCAAUUGAUACAAUUGAUCUAUCUACAGGUCUUGAGCGGAUAUAGGCACCUUUAUGUAUUUUCUGUAGUAAGAUCUAUUUACCCUUUAUAUAGAUCAAAACAAGGCAUUAUUUGGAAGAUAUGAAAUUAAAAAUCAAAUCGAAAAAAAAAUAUCCCAUUCGAGGCGAUCUUUCAUGUUUUCAAAGAGCAAAAAUUCAGGCACAGGAGCGCAAUUCUUUGGCUAGUUACAGACAGAAUUACCGAAAUUUUUCGGUAGCUUUACGAAAACGAAAUUAGUGGGUUAGAGAGUUAUAUAGUCGAUAAGAUUUACCAAAGGCGACGGUUUAUAUAAUUACACCCUAAGGUAAGGGUAUAAUGUAUUUGUGCAUUUGUUUGUAACAUGUAGAAGGAAGCGAUAUAGACCCAUAGUUACUUUUGAGGAUCUUCACAGAAACACUUUCUGAGUAGAUUUAUGCAUGUCAGUCCGUCCGUCUAUCCAUGUAUUCUUGUGAACAAAAUGGUGUCGCAUCCAAUUGAGAUGUAAUUUUCAAAACAAUUUUUGUUUGGCCCAAGGACGAGCCCUAUUGAUGAGAAUGAGAGUCGGUUCAAAUUUAGAUAUAGCUCCCAUAUAUACCAUCAACCUUCGGGUUAAUUAUGCACUUCAUGGCCAAUAUCAGUCCAAAUGACCCGAAAUUUGGCACUUCCGAUGGAAUUCAGCAUAGAAGGAAGUACAUCAAAUUUGCUGAAAAUCGGUUCAGAUAUAAUCAUACCUCCCAUACAUAUGUUUCAUCUGAUUUGGUGUUCAAGUCCCUCAUAUCCGUAAUAGGCACCCCACAAGAAUGAUAUUUUGCACCAGAUAUCAGAUGGAGCCUAAAAAUACCUCUGCCAAAUUGUAUCGAGAUUGGUUCAGAUUUAGAUAUAGCUCCCACAUAUAUAUCUUUAACCGAUUUCGGGCUAAUUGUGCAUAAAAUGACCAAUAUCAGUCCAUAUGACCUGAAAUGUGGCACUUCCGACGGAAUUCAGCAUAGAAGCAACUACGUCGAAUUUGCCGAAAAUCGGUUCAGAUAUAGCUUUAGCUCCCAUAUAUAUGUUUCAUCCGGUUUUGGGGUUUAAGUUCCUCACAUUUCUAAUAUGCACUUCACAAGAAUGAUAUUUGGUACCAUAUAUAUUAUAGAGCUCGGAAAUACCUUUGCCAAAUUUUAUCGAGAUCGGUUAAGAUCAUUAAUCCGAUUUCAGGUUUAGUGUGCAAAUAAUGGCUAAUAUCAACCCAAAUGGAGUGAAUUUCGGGACGUACGACGUUUCCAUUUGGUCCAACUCCUCUCCGAUAUAUAUAUUUUUUCACUUCGAGACGGAUAAUUAAUCAUGCAAUGUUUUUUGGUAUAAAAAAUAAAAAUAUCUCCGUCAAAUUAAGUGAAAAUCGAUUCAGAAUUGGAUAUGCCUAACAUUUAUUAGUUCCCGCUGUUGAGAGGUGUUCUUCAUCUUCUUCAUCUUCCUGUAAAAUUAGCGUAUAUGGAAGUCUACUUUCCUUUUGACGAAGUCGUAUUGCAACUUACCUCCCAUUGAUCUAAAAACCGCUCCAUAUCGGCAUCUGUAAAAUCACGUAUAUCCUUCUUAGCCCAGUCAGGUUUCAGGCCAUAGCCAAUGGCAAAAGUGCCAAAUGUUGAGAGGUGUUAUGAUCUACUCCAAAUAAAUUUUUUUGUUGCGGGAGCUCUGCUAAAAAGGCAUAGUGGUAUCAUAAAGUCGGGCCCGCCCGACAUUUGACUUUUCCUUACUGGUUUUUUAUUUAAACUUUUAAUUUCAAUUUUUUCGUUUUAAAAAUAUAGAUCUUUUUCCUCAUCUUUUUUUAACAACCAAAAAAUAGCUUUUUAACCUUUCUUUAAAUUUUUGAUUUUCGUUGCAAACAUAAGCUUUAAUAAUACAAAGAAUAUUUGUGAUGUUAUUACAAUGGCUAGCUUCCAAAACUUAUUGAAACUUUGUAGGUGUUUAGAUAUUGUUGCAAUAGUUUUCAAAAAUGCAUCGUUUUUAAAGUCGACCUUGUUUGUUCUUUGCAUGCGUUAAAAAUAUCCAUCGGUUCCAAAGCAAGUUGUUAAAAAAAUCCCAAAUUAUGUCUAAUAGUUGCAACGACAGAGCCGACUAGCAAAAUUUACAGAUCAAAGCUUCCGUCGUUUCUUCUUGGCAUGGAUGAUGAUUAUAUCCAUUCAUUUUAAAUCACACCCUGUAUAUAAUUUUCCUAUAAAUAUUGUAUGAAAUUAAACUGAGCAGAUAUAUAUUUUUUUUCAAUUUUUUUUAUAUUUAUAAAAAGAAAAAAACACAUAAACCUAAAAAGACAUAUUAAAGUUAGAAACGAACUAUAAUCGAAGAUAUAAAAUGAUAUAUAUGUAUAGCCAAUUGAAAUUAUUACUAAUGUGAGCGAUACAAAAAACAAAAGAUAAUUUUAAAUUAUGUACAGUUGUGAUAUUGUCAAAUGUAUUUUAUAUAUAUAUAAUCAUAAUUAUUACUUCUAUAUACAUAUUUUACUUAAGUAAUAAUAUGCGAAAAAAAAUUAAUUAAAAAUAAUAAUUUUAACAAAAAUAAAUAAAACUGUAAG